AUGAAAAUUGGAGUAGAUUCUAAAAUUUAAAACAGAAGAUAAAAAGCCACAAACAAAUUUUAUAUUUUUGCAGAAUGUACUUAAAAGUCAGUCGUUACUUUGUCGGACGUAUCCUUUGAUGCACCACCUGAUACGAAAUCAUGUAUAAAAGCAAGGCAUACGUUAGGCUUUUUAGGAUUUCUGGGCUUUGCACUUGUAUAUGCUAUGAGAGUGAAUUUAUCUGUAGCUAUUGUUUCGAUGGUUAAUCAAACAGCAAUACCCCAUAACGAUGAUAAUAAUACAGCGGACGUAUGCCAUAAUCACAAACCCAUUAAUGGAACAUUCAUACCAAGCGCAGGAGAAUUUAAUUGGGAUGAAAGGACACAAGGAGUCAUAUUAGGUGCUUUCUUCAUCGGUUAUGUAACUACAAACGUGCCGGGUGGUAGAAUGGCAGAGAAAUUCGGUGGAAAACUAAUAUUCGGAUUAGGAGUAUUCUUUACCGCCGUACUGACUGUACUUAGCCCCUUCGCGGCAUACGGAGGAUUACUACCAUUCUUAGCUGUACGAGUCGCGGAAGGUUUUACGGAGGGUGUUACAUUCCCUGCAAUGCAUAGUAUGUUAGCGCAUUGGGUGCCUCCUUUAGAAAGAAGCAAGUUUGCUGCUAUAGUAUAUGCGGGUUCAAAUUUUGGUACUGUUAUCUCGCUACCGGUAAGCGGUUGGCUAUGUUCAUUGGAACUCUGGGGCGGAUGGCCCCUCGCAUUUUAUUUAUUCGGAGGUCUUGGUAUCGUGUGGUAUGCAUUUUGGUUCUUAUUCGUGUUUAAUACACCUGCGCAACAUCCAAAAAUUGAUCCUCUCGAAAGAGCAUACAUCGAGGCUAGUGUGGAGAAAGUGGACGAUGAUAACGAUGCAGGAGUUCCUUGGGUAUCGAUAUUCACGUCGCUGCCCAUGUGGGCUAUAACUGUUACACAGUGUGGACAGGCGUGGGCAUUUUACACACUUUUAACGGAAUUGCCAACAUAUAUGGAUAAAAUUUUGCAUUUUGAUGUACAACAAGACGCAUUCCUCUCAGCACUGCCUUAUUUAAGCUCUUGGUUAGUCGGACUUGGCCUUUCAAGUUUCGCAGAUGCCUUGCUUUCCCGUGGGCUUCUAUCUCCUUUAGCGUCGUUCAAGUUAUGGAACACAGUGGCUUCGUUAGGACCCAGCCUCAGUUUUGUCGGUGCUAUCUGGGCUGAGUGCGACCGUAUGACUGUUAUGAUGAUGCUCGCUGGAUUAGGAUCGUUACAAGGUGCUGUUUACGCAGGAAAUCAAAUGAAUCAUAUUGCUUUAGCGCCAAAAUACGCAGGAACGCUUUACGGACUUACAAACGCUACGUCAAACGCCUGCGGAUUUUUAGCUCCAUACAUAAUUGGAAGGCUGGUCCAAGGACACGAGACGCUGGCUCGUUGGCACACAGUAUUUUGGCUGGCAGCAGGAAUAAAUAUGGCAACCAAUUGCUUUUAUUUAAUGUUUGCUUCCGCUACGGAACAGCCAUGGAGCAAAGGUAGCAGCAGUUGAUGACAAAAUUUAAUUAGGCGCGACGCAAUUCACGUACAAAGUAACGUACCAAUGGAUCGAAUCAGUUCAUUUUAGUUGUUUAUUAACUUUAUGACAGUUUCGUCAUUUAGGCACAACUUUUACUAAUUGUAAAUACAUUACAAGUCAUUACGUAACUUUUUACUUAUUAAAGAAAGCUGUAAUCUCGUCUGUAAUGCUUUAGAUUAUUUUAGUUGAACAAUAUGGACAUUAGUUGAACGUAAAAAAUUGUUUAAAUCAGUAUUCACUUAAUGACAUGUUAAGUAAGUAACAUAUUGUAACAUUCCGAUUAAGCUGCUCACAUGACAAUAUGACAUUUUAACAUUUUUAAAAUCUUUAGUACUUAAUUUGUUUCCAAUUAAUAUCGAACAAAUUUGUGCUAUACGAUGUAAAAUUAAGAAAAGUUAAUUUACUUUAAUCAUGUUGUAAAGAGGUGCAAAUUGCUGCACAUAUUUUUUAUAUUUAUGUAUGAUGAAAAUAUAAAAGAAUCUAUAUUCUUGUUUGUACGUAAGAAUUUUAUAUGUACAUAAAGAGAACGAUCAUUUAAUAAUGAUCACCGUAGUUUUAUUUUCGUUUUAUGACGACAAAGAGGAUAAAACACGCACAUUUGUGCGUAUGAGUCACUGCAUGUAUAUAUUUCACAUGCAGAAUAUAAUUCACCUUUGUACUUCCUAUGGCAAUAUAUUAAGGUGGCACAAUAAUAAGAUAUCUAAUAAAUAAAGAAGGGAAGUAACAAAACUGUAAAAAGAUAAAAUAUUGACAAAAAUGACUUAUAAGAAAUAUCGUAUAGUAGAAUUACUACUUAUCAUUAUACGUCAAGAUUGAAUAAACUUUUGUAAAGGUAGUUCUCGCGAUUAUAAGGAUUAUAUCAUUACGUUAUUCGAUAAAUGAUAAUUUAAAAAAUUCAAAAAUUAUUAUUCUCAAAGAAAACGGGUAAACAAUAUUUUGCGAACUGUGAACGAAUAGUAAAUGUGACUAUUCAGUUGACGAAGAUUUGAGAAUUGACGAGAAAAAUAUGAUACUUAUAUAUGCAAAUGUUUGUUAAUAUUGAUUAUUCUUACGAUUUAAUAUGUAAAUGCUAUUGCUUUAUUUCUUUAAUUUAAUAUUUAGAACACGUCAAUCCCUUAAUCAUACGAAUUAAAUAAACAAUAUUUGCAUUAUAAUCUGAGUAAUUGUGAAUCGAAAGUAGCGAAAGUUAUUUAGGUAAUAUAAAUGUUUAAAAAGUAUUUGUUUCAGAGACUUGCAAAGCGUACAAUACAUAACAAUAACACAAAUAUCUGCAUUUAAUGUAAUAUACGAUAUGGAGGAAAGAGAACUGUAACUAAUUUGCGUAAAUAUCGAUGUCUGCAUUUAUAAAUAUUUUCUUCUUUCGUAUCGAAAAACGAAAAUAUAAAUUGCAUGCAAAUGUUAUUGGAAACAGAAGAUCACUAGAGAGCUAGUUAUAUUGUAUUACAUAGAUUAGAAAUGUAAAACUAUAUUUGAAUAACAACAAUAAAGGGUAAAAUUAUAUUUACAAAAUA